UGCGAAUUGUCCUCAAGGUUACAACUACAUUCAGAAAUCUUGUAAAGCCCUAUGUCAUAUGUCUGAAGAUUCAUCUAUUUUGUCUUGUGGGCCCAAAAGACAAUACGGAACUCUAGAAUCUACUGCUACUUCACAGAAUUCUCAUAAAAUUUACAACAUCAAACCUGGAGAUACUCUUGUGUCAAUCGCAGUUCAGUUUGGGACAACAGUGCAAAGAUUGAGAUGGAUUAACCGUCUGUGGAGCUCAGACAUUUCUAACAUGACCACCUUAAAAGUUCCCGUAAAGUCUCAAUUUGAGCCUAGCGGUUAUAUACACCACAAUUCAAUUGAGUUAUGUACAGUGAAGAAGAAAUCUGCACCUAGCAAUGAAGAGGUCCCUCAAACAGCUUCAGCCAGCCUCUAUUUCAAGGAACUCUCAGAAAGGGUUGAGAAGGCUAAGGAAGCUGCCUCCCGUUGUUUGGAGAAGAGCAGACUCCCUGAAAUCAUAGCUGACUGCGACCCUAAUAGUCGUGAUCGUUUUCUGAUGCCCAGUUUAUCAGUCACUGAUGAAACAGUGGUCAUGGUAACAUCACCUGCAACUUCCAAGUUUAAUUCUAUAACUGAUUGUCGAAAAAGGUUUUGUUCGAUUCCUGCGAACAUUAUUCAUGAUCCGUGUUGAUUCGUGAGAUUUAAUGAUCUCGCUCAAAAAUACAUUACAUUUAUUCAUUUUUUAUCAUAGUGCAAUAAAUAUUUGUUUUUUGUCCGUUUGAACUGUGAUAAUUCAUUCCUUUUUGUCAUUUUUCUCCUGUUUACGUACAAUUUAUUUCGUAUUGUAUAUGGUAGAGUCUUGAUUUUUAGUAUUCGUUUCACUUCUCAGUUCUUUUAAUGUCAGUGAUCUAAAUAGUGUAAAUUGCAUGUCCUAAAUUAAUUUCUGUACGGUAUUUCAUUUUCCUUUAAUCUACAAUCGAAAAAUACUUUCUCCCAUUUUUAGCGUAUCACUUCCUUCAAAUUUUCUAAUUACCAUUUCCACAAACAUUGUUUUACCAAAGAUGUUAAAAAUUAUUGUGUAUUUCCCAAUCAAGUAUGUAUAGAAAUGUCUCAUUGUUUUUUUUUUACUUAUUUGUGGAAAAGUUCACUAUGUUAUGCUCAGC